GCGGGGUGACAAUAAGGUUAGCCUACUGAGCUACGCAGCAGCCACAGAAAAACAGAAAAGCGUUCUAUAGGCUAGACCUGUGGCUUGGAGACAGAGACGCUUGGGAACGGCCCUUUGCAGAGAUGACAGGAGAUAUGGAAAGCCCAAGAUGCCACGAGAAGUCCAACCAGGAGGGACACAUCUGGGGCUCCAUGAGGAGGACGGCUCUCAUCCUGGGCUCUGGGCUGCUCUUGUCUGUAGCCUUCUGGAACUCAGUCACAUGGCAUCUUCAGAGAUUUUGGGGUGCUUCUGGCUACUUUUGGCAGACCCAGUGGGAGAAACUGCUGUCCACAUUUGAAGGCAACGAGUGGCUCUUAUUCUUUAUAGGGGCCGCCCUCGUGCCUGCACUGUGUUUCUGGGGCUUCAAUGGCCUUCUACUGGUGGUGGACACAACAGGGAAACCCACCUUCAUCUCCCGCUACCGCAUCCAACUGGGCAAGAAUGAGCCGGUUGACCCCGUCAAGUUGCGUCAGUCUAUCUGCACAGUUCUUUUCAACCAGACUAUGAUUUCUCUUCCCAUGCUGGUCAUCUUCUAUCCUUUCUUCAAGUGGAGGCGAGACCCCUGCUGCCAAGAGCUUCCCACCUUUCACUGGUUCCUUGUGGAGUUGGCCUUUUUCACCCUCGUGGAGGAAAUCCUGUUCUACUACUCACACCGGCUCCUUCACCACCCAACGUUGUACAAGAAAAUUCACAAGAAACAUCACGAAUGGACAGCACCCAUUGGUGUGAUCUCCAUCUAUGCCCACCCUAUAGAACAUGUGGUUUCCAACAUGUUGCCAGUUAUGGUGGGUCCACUAGCAAUGGGCUCUCAUCUGUCCUCCAUCACUGUGUGGUUGUCCCUUGCUCUCAUCAUCACCACUAUCUCGCACUGUGGUUACCAUCUGCCCUUCCUGCCUUCACCUGAGUUCCAUGACUACCACCAUCUCAAGUUCAACCAGUGCUAUGGGGUACUGGGAGUGCUGGAUCACCUGCAUGGGACUGACAUCAUCUUUAAGCAGACCAAGGCCUAUGAGAGACAUGUCCUCCUGCUGGGCUUCACCCCACUUUCAGAGAGCAUCCCUGAUCCUCCCAAGAAGAUGGAGAGUUUGCUUGGACCAUCCCAACUGUUCCCUCACAAGUAGAAGGUGUGGAGACUGCCUGGGAGCCAUGCCCUUAACAACUUGCCUCCUUUUGCUACCAUACUCUAAGGACUGUACCAUUAGGGAACAGGAAAAAUACAAGCUUCCUGCCAGGACAAGACCAUGAAAGGGUGGAUAUGAGCUUCCCCCAAACUACUUCUCAUGUUACCUAGGGCCCAGGAGUUGACUUAGGGAAAAAGAACUAGCUGUUUGGGUUGCAGGACAGUCAAAGGAAAGUCACCAAGAACCUGGUGGUCUCCUUUGGUCCUCUGCUCCAAUUCCCACACUUGGCUCCCCCGGGAGACAAUGGGCUGACAGUAGGACUGGAAGAUUACUGAUUAAAAAAACUUUUCUUAUACCUAAAGCCAGGGCAUCCUGGUAGUCACAGGUCAAAUGCGUUGACAUGCUAGAUGCGGUCCCCGCUUCCCACCAUGAAAGCAUGAGAUACUUUUGCCCUCCAAAGAUACAAAUUGCUUAGAAGGGACAACAGCCCACAAGAGCUUCUCAACGUGAUGUGCAUCCUGGCCCUUGCCUUAACCUGUUUUAAACUGAGGCUGAUCUCAUGUGGGAGAGGACCCAAGUCAGUGCUCUCUAAUCCCCCAAAAAUCUCCCCCCAGCAAUUACCCUGAGAACACACGGUUCAAUCUUUAAAUGGUAAACCAACGGUGAGCUACUCGAAGAGAAGGCUGCAUGGCCCUGCUCCAGCCUGGACCCGGGUUCAGACAGAGGUGCUGAGCCCCAUGUCAGAUUGUUAGGUGUUUUUCUCCUGACAGCUCGUGACUGGGAACCCUGGGAUCCCAAGAACUUGGCAACUGUUAAGGUGGAUCUGGAAGGCUGCCACCAUUACCAUUUGUUAAAUCUCUGCACAACUGUACCAGUCUUACAUGUUCAGUUCAAGGUUAGUCAAGACUCCUUAUUGUAGAUUAAAUACCUUAAAAAAAAUCCACACAACACAGUACAGCGGUUUGCACUGUAGUUCACAGCUGCUCUGGAGAUUUAGGUCCAGUUCACAGCCAGCCUAGACAAACGCAGCAAAACGUCAAUGUCUGGUAAGCCAGUUCUCCAAAACAGGGCUUCAUCCCAUGAUGCUGAGGCCAACACAAGACUGGGUCAGCUGCCAACCUAGCACUUUGCCGGCAGUCCCAGCCUCCUCUGGCCUUGGUAACCUGUGCUCUUGGAUUCCUUCAAAUACAAACCCACUCCUCACUUUACCCCCAACGCUAGAUGACAGUCAUUCCCUUUCUCAUGAGCAAUACUCUCUGCAGUAUCAUCCAAGGGGGCAGGGCCAAUUAAAAAAAUGGAGAUGUACUGUCAAGAGUACAUGGCCUGUCUCUAUAAGGCCUAAUAUUGGUGAAUAAGGUCUUAAAUUCUUCAUAAAAGCGUGACAAAGCAUGUAAAUAAAGUCUCUAUAAAACUCUAACAGAUUGUGUUGCCCCCUCCCCAUACACACACUGUAUAGCACUAGAAAGUAAGGCCCCACAACUGAGGAGCCAGCUGACAAGGCCAUCCCUAAUGACUGUGACGGAGGUGAGCAUGGCUCACCUGGCAAUCUACAGAAGGCCAUUGGUGGCAGUUAUCACCCACCCACCGGACAGUAAGAAACUCUUAAAAAACAAACACAACAACAAAUAUGCUCAUGCAGAGAUAGUGUGGGCUUCUUACCUGGGGGCACACACCAGGCUGCACUCUGACACCCAACAGCAGUGUUUCGGAUGGGAGACCAACCAGUUUUUUUUUUUUGCCUUUUCAAGUUUUUAUUUUUAUACAUUUUUUUGUAUUAAAAAGAAAAGCAUAAUAAUUAUCACCAAUUACAAAGGACUAGAGCAGGACCAGAAUAAUGAAUGAAUCACUUCAGCCUGGGA